GUGUUAAGUCGGAAUUAUUUGGGAGCCGGAAUCUUUACCGGAAGUUGCCAGCUUCGUCGUGUACCGCUUCCACUGCGAUGAGUUUCGAGUGGCCCUGGCAAUACAACUUUCCGCCGUUUUUUACACUACAGCCCAAUGCUGACACCAGACAGAAACAACUGGAAGCCUGGUGCUCCCUGGCUCUGUCCUACUGCCGGCAUCACAAGCUGUACACCCUGGAUGUCAUGGAAGCACAAGAAAGCCCCAUGUUUAACAACAAGAAGAUAGAACGAAAACUGUCAAUGGAAGCGAUUCAGAUUGUGUUUGAGGAGCUGAGGAAAAAAGGGAACUUGGAAUGGUUGGACAAAAAUAAGUUGCGUUGUUUAGUCAUGUGGAGACGACCGGAGGAGUGGGGCAAAUUAAUAUACCAGUGGGUUUCCAAAAACGGGAUGGUUAACUCUGUGUUUACACUUUAUGAGCUCUCUAAUGGAGACGACACUCAAGGAGAAGAGUUUCAUGGUUUGGAAGAGUGGAUGCUGCUGCGCUCUCUACAGGCUCUACAAACAGACGGCAGAGCAGAGAUCAUCAGCAUGGAUGAUGGGAAAGGUGUCAAAUUCUUCUGAAGGGACGCUGGAACUCGCAAUCAUUCUGAUAGCCCCUCGUGUCGUACCAUGUUCAGAUUGAUUCAUCAAGGCUUUGUGAGGUCCACCUCCAUGUUCAGCCAAACGGACGCGGCUGUGGUUUUUGCCCCCUUUCAGUUCUCUUUCCAGAAAUAAAAUCUCCAUGGAGUGGUAAGAACAGCAUGUUGACACGGGUGACAAUUUGUUGCCACAUCAACAUCUAAUGAGCCUGUCAGAGGAAUUCAUUUUAUCUUGUCUGAAUACCUUACAGGGAAAGAGCUUUUUCUCCUAUCAGCUGUAAUUUUUCUCUUAAUAAUUUUUCUUUGUUAACAAAUUUAUCAUCUCUGGACCUUGAUGUAGCCAGAAAAUCCCAAAGACCCCUCAGACUCCAGGUUGACUUAUAUUUCCAGAGAAACGACGCUUCCAGAGGAGAAACUGCAGAGAGCCUCAGCUGCAGACAAUUAGUGGAUCUAAUGUACAGGUGGCUGUCAACCUAUUAUCGUGCUGUAGCUACUGUGAUGCUCCUGUCGUCUCUUUUUCAUUCUUUCUUUCACAUCUUUUAGGAAAAUAAACAAGAAUUUCUUAUAA